AUGGGAUUCUAUGAAUUACUUUGUAUAACAAGAACCGGAUUAUCUCAUGCAGAUUUUACAAAUCUUGUAAAAAUUACAGCAACACAUAUACUUGAACGUGGUGGUGUAGUAAGAGGUUUUGAGAAUUGGGGAGUUUUGCCUCUACCAACUAAAACACGCAGGCACCAAGUGUAUCAUACAAAUGGACAGUUUUGGUUGAUGCAUUUUGAUACUAAUCCAGUGGUAUUGCAUGAAUUAAGAAGAAAACUAAAUAUUGAUACACGUGUAAUUAGAGGAAAUCUUGUUAAACUUGGUGAAAAACUUGAAGAUAUUAUUGAGAGACCUGAUAAAACAAAAUAA